UCACAGACAAGGAGGGAAGGGGACAUGAUAUGUGUGUCUGACACUAAGCUAGCCCUGGCGGAUGCAUCAUAUCAUGUCCCAUUACACUUUUUACCUUUCAGUCCGAGAGAGAGAGAGAGAGCGUUUGAUGCAAUUCGGCUUCAAUUAAAUCAACACUGCCCGUUUUUCGUGAAAAAGGAAUUGCUUCAUCGAAUCUAUCCCCAUGGCAUAACCCCCCUUUUGCUGUUCCCAAACAUACUACACUCUCUCCCUGCUUUACCCUUUACCCUUUACCCUCUUUUGCUUUGACUUGUUUCUUCAGAAGCAUACUGAAUCAUCUUCUUUGAUCUACCUAACAGCACCCCUCCAUUUCCUCCUGCACCCCAUCUUCUCUUGCCUUUCUUUCUUCUCUCUCACUCUCCCACUGUAAUCAUUCCUCGGGUUUCCUUUCAUCUUUACCUAAAACUAUGGGGCUACUUGCUUCUCCAUCACUACUAGUUUUCUGGCAAUAUCUCUAAUGGGAUAUGUUUGUCCUUUUUUGGGUUUUCAAUCUCUGGGAAGUCUUCACCUUUUGUACACUGACUGCGAUGCUUUGACCAGUGAGAAAGUUGCUGUCUUUUGGGCUCCAACCUCACUGCUUUUUCCUCAAAAACUUGUUAUUUGAAGAGGAGGCUCAGAUAAUGGCAUUUUUAUACUUGUCAUUUUUUGUGGUUGGGAUUCUAUCAGGACCAGUUCUUGUGGAUGCUCAGCUCCAUGAUGAAGCUACAUUGUUAGCCAUUAAAAAGGAGCUGGGUGGUGUACCGGGUUGGGGUGACAACAGCACGGACUACUGCAAUUGGGAAGGCAUUCAUUGUGGCUUCAGCCAUUCAUUUGUUGAAAGGCUUGAUCUUUCUAGGCGUAUGCUUAGAGGUAAUGUUACUCUAAUAUCUAAUCUUAAAGCUUUAAAACACCUUGACCUUUCUUAUAAUAACUUCAACGGGCCAAUUCCUUCAGCUUUUGGGAAUUUAUCCCAGCUUCAAUAUCUGGAUUUGUCAUUGAAUAAGUUUGAAGGUUCUAUUCCGUUGGAGUUGGCUGGUCUUAGAAACCUUAGAUCAUUGAACUUGUCAAACAACUUACUUGUAGGAGAGAUACCUCAAGAAUUCAAGGUGCUAGAAAAUUUGCAGGAAAUUCAGAUUUCUAGCAAUAGGUUGAGUGGUUCUAUCCCACAUUGGGUGGGCCAUUUGACCAAUUUGAGAAUUUUUACAGCCUAUGAGAACCAAUUAGGUGGUGAAAUUCCUGAUAAUCUAGGCUCCCUUUCUGAACUCAAAUUGCUGAACCUUCAUUCUAACCGGCUUGAUGGUCCAAUACCAAAGAGCAUUUUUGGUAUGGGGAAGCUGGAAGUUUUGGUUCUCACCCAGAAUGGACUCACCGGUGAUCUUCCUGAAGCAAUUGGUAAGUGCAUUGGCCUCUCAAGCAUCCGUAUCGGGAAUAACAAACUUGUUGGUGUGAUUCCCAGUACAAUUGGAAAUGUUAGCAGCCUCACAUACUUUGAAGCAGAUAAUAACAAUCUCUCUGGUGAAAUCGUCUCGGAGUUUGCUCAGUGUACUAAUCUUACACUCCUAAAUUUGGCCUACAAUGGAUUUACUGGAAUAAUCCCUCCGGAGAUUGGACAACUUACGAAUCUUCAAGAGCUCAUUCUUUCUGGGAACAGUCUGUUAGGUAAUAUUCCAACAUCAAUUCUCGGGUGCAAGAAUCUUAACAAGCUUGAUUUAAGCAACAACAGAUUUAAUGGUACCAUACCCAAUGAUAUUUGCAAUAUGACAAGAUUGCAGUACUUGCUCUUGGGACAGAAUUCUAUCCAAGGGGAAAUACCUCAUGAGAUUGGAGACUGUGUGAAACUGCUUGAAUUGCAACUUUGCAGCAACUAUAUAACUGGAAGUAUCCCUCCUGAGAUUGGCCGUAUUCGCAACUUGCAGAUAGCUUUAAAUUUGAGUUUCAAUCAUCUUCAUGGUCAACUGCCACCGGAAUUAGGGAAACUAGACAAGUUGGUUUCUCUUGAUGUCUCCAGUAACCAGAUUAGUGGUGAUAUUCCACCUGAAUUUAAGGGUAUGUUGAGCUUGAUAGAAGUCAAUUUCUCAAAUAAUCUGCUUGCUGGCCCGAUACCGACAUUUGUACCAUUCCAGAAGAGUACAAACUCCAGCUUUCAAGGAAAUAAAGGGCUCUGCGGGGAGCCAUUGAAUUUCUUAUGUGCUAACUCUAUUGGUUCAGACCAGGCGAACUACCACCAUAGGGUUUCCUACAGGAUUAUACUAGCUGUUAUUGGUUCAGGUCUUGCGGUGUUUGUAUCAGUCAUAAUGGUGGUUCUGCUCUUUAUGAUGAGGGAGAGACAAGAAAAGGCAUCAAAAAGUGUAGACAUUGUAGACGAAGCAACCGACAACCAACCAACAAUAAUAGCAGCGAAUGUGUUUGUGGGGAAUCUCAGGCAGGCAAUAGAUCUCGAUGCUGUAAUCAAAGCCACUUCAAAGGAUUCAAAUAAGAUCAACAGUGGGACUUUCAGCACCAUUUACAAGGCAGUCAUGCCUUCUGGAUUGGUUUUGUCAGUGAAGAGACUGAAAUCAAUGGACAGAACCAUAAUUCAUCAUCAAAAUAAGAUGAUAAGGGAGCUUGAAAGACUAAGCAAGCUCAAUCAUGACAAUCUUGUACGACCGAUUGGUUUUGUCAUCUACGAAGAUGUUGCUCUUCUGUUGCAUCAAUAUUUACCCAAUGGCACACUAGCUGAACUUCUUCACGAGUCCUCAAAGCAGUCGGAGUAUCAGCCUGACUGGCCCAGAAGACUAUCGAUUGCUAUUGGAGUAGCAGAAGGAUUGGCUUUCCUUCAUCAUGUGGCAAUUAUCCACCUUGAUAUCUCUUCGGAUAAUGUACUUCUGGAUGCAGACUUUAAGCCAUUGCUUGGGGAGAUAGAAAUAUCAAAGCUCUUAGAUCCAUCCAAGGGCACUGCAAGUAUUAGUGCUGUAGCCGGCUCCUUUGGCUAUAUCCCCCCAGAAUAUGCGUAUACAAUGCAAGUCACUGCACCAGGAAAUGUAUAUAGCUACGGUGUUGUGUUGCUUGAGAUCCUCACCACCCGAAUACCAGUUGACGAUGAUUUCGGUGAAGGAGUAGACUUGGUGAAAUGGGUUCACGGGGCUCCGGUGAGAGGGGAAACCCCUGAGCAGAUACUUGAUGCAAAGUUAAGCACUGUUUCAUUUGGUUGGAGGAGAGAAAUGCUUGCAGCUUUGAAGGUGGCUUUGCUAUGCACCGACAGCACACCUGCCAAACGACCAAAGAUGAAGAAGGUAGUGGAAAUGCUGCAAGAAAUAAGGCAAAACUGAUCAACAAGCUAAGAUGUUUACAUUCUGAAA